GGAGUUUGUUUGGGAAGGAACAUAGAUGGUUGUUUGGCGGAGCAAUCCUUCUUGAAAUUUUGAACUAUCGAUGAUGAAAUGAGGACUAAAGAAGGUCUGCGGAAUGGAAAAAAGCUUAGUGCAAUCGGCUUCCCCGAAACGAGGACCGAGCUCUGCCGAUGCAAACCUAAGCAUCGUUUUGAACUUAAUGUGUCAUACAACUUGCCAUCGCCAGGGAGGCGAAACUGAGAAAUUCGCAAAGAGAGCCAUUGAAUCGUUAGUAAAGAAGCUGAGAAAAAAAUCCGAAGAGCUAGACUCUUUGAUCACUGCUAUUACGACUAAAGGCUCUAAAUCAUCGAAAUGUGUCACGAUUCAGAGAACUUUGGACGGCAGACUUCAAGUGUGCGAGCGCAAGGGCUUUCCACAUGUGAUUUACGCUCGGCUGUGGCGAUGGCCCGACAUUCAAAAAAUGGAGAUGAAACAUUUGGACUUUUGCCGAUACGGCUAUGACCUUAAGUACGAAAGUGUUUGUGUCAAUCCGUACCAUUAUGAAAGAAUCCGCAGUCCGGCAGGUAAGCUUUUUAGUCUUGUUUCAGAAGGUUUGUGCGCUGGGUCAAUUGUGUGAUGAUGUCAUGUAGCUGGCCUAAGGGACUAAGUGAACGCACGCAUUUCGUGUACGUGCUCCUAUAGCAGACGUGAUGACAAAGUACACCGGAUCUUUGGUAUGUGACAAGGAUUGAGGCUUGCUUUAAUCCUUCUUACCAUGGAAUUGUCUAUCAUGAGUUUGUUUUCAUGCUUGUGUCACAAGGGAAGCUAAAAAGCUCGAUCGGGGUGAUAUUUUCGUAAUUCACUCACGGACAUUUUUUUCGAGCGGCAUCGUCUCACUCUAGCUUUUUGCCUAAAACGUUAUCAUCCCUACUUCGACCAGAGCCUUUUACGAAAAAUAUCUUUGCGAUCAAUUCCCUGUGUUAAAGCAUUUCGUUUAUUCGAUGGUACAGAAUUCGCCUCACGAAUUCAUUAGCGAUAAACAUGUCAAAAAGCGAAAUGCUAAUUUCUUUCAUGGGAGUGGGCACGUCAGUGCUUUCCUAAGCUUGGCCAUUGUUUGGAUAACGAGCAAGCGCCUAUUUUGCAUUUUUAAUAUCUAGAUGAAUUUUUGGCCGGAAUUUUUGCGCGAUUUUGUUGGGAACGUUUUCCAGACUUGGUUUCAGACGUGUCGAGCGUCGAAUCACGUCAAAUGACUGGCGAUCAUUUCGUGUGGGGCGAGAGAAUUAUUUUGUCUGGGUUUUGUUUAAGUAUUAUUGUUGGUUAGUGGUCAUUGUCUGGCUGGAACGUUUCUUGUCUGAAAACGUCUGAAAUGUCGUCUGCUUCGGCUCUAAUUUAUUUUGGGACGUGAAAAUGUUUUUGUCGGAGGUCAGAGUACACGCGCGCGCCAUUUGGAAGAAGUUUUUUGUAUAAAAACGCUCUGAGAACAGUGAAUGUGCAUUAGCCAGAAAGUAAACAGGCUGGCUUAUUAGUAUUCAAAAACACCUCAUUUGAAUAUAUUUUUUAUUUCAGUCUGCUUGGCUGUCUAGACGAUAGCGUGAAUUUUUCAACCUUCAUGCGAUCUCUUUAGUGCCUUUUAUUUUUCAGGCUACGCGCACGCUAUCGCGAUCUUUGCGGAACAGGUUUUGUUGCGUGAAAGUCUUUUGAAAUUUUGAAUGCCAUUUCUGACAACCUUUAUUGUUUGUAAUUGUAUGACAGUUCGAGGAUAAUAAAUUCGCUUCAGCGGCGAAUUCUGUUGUUUCAAUCAUUAUUAAUUGCCACCUUAACGUUUUCAAAAUUUGAUUUUUUAAGGACAGAAGCUUUGGAAAUAUCACAUGUAUAGUUUGUGAUAAUCUUUCCGCCCAUUAAUAUUUUCUCAUCUCUUAACAAACAAAACCACAAAAGCCACGCAGAUGCAUUUAAAUUGCUUGUUGUAAUACUGUCACGUAAUUAAAAUUUCGUCUUUGGUCGAGCUAUACGAAACGUCGCCAUUACGUGUUGGAAGCUCAGUUAACUUGUUUUAGGCAGAUGUACUUUCCAUAGUAUUUCGUGAUGUUAAAGCCCAGCUAAUUGUUAAAAGGAUUUGAUCUGUCGGUUUCUUUUGUGUACAUCGUUCCACUUUAAACCCCAGGGGAUCAGAAAAAGCUCAGAAAACAGAAGAACUGAAUUGCAAAUUUUGACUUCAUUGUAUCAAUUCUAAUAUUUUAAAGUUUUUGGUAUAUCUAAGUUAAGUUUUCAGCUCACUGGCAAGGGUAUUGAAUUCAUUUAUUGGUGAUAUUGGUUGGUUGAAGGUCAGGAUAUCAUGUUGUUUACUUACCUGCAGGCAGGCACUGUGGCAGAUAGAGUCAUGAAUAUUUUUACCCAAAGCAUUUUUACCUUUGUUUUUAUCUUUUUUGCAAUAAAUACUGACAGGUAUUCCAAUCUCUACUGCCUCAUUGUGCUUUUCUAGAUAGAGAAAAAUAUGAGGGAGUUGGUUCUUAAGAAGAUUAUAAUGACUGAGUAUGUCAUUCUCACAUGUUAUUUUGUCAAUGGCGUCUCUACACAGACUCCAUGAUACUGUGAAAUCAUUCAGUCCUUAAAUAUAUUCGAUUUGUAUUUUUCUUAUUAAGGUUUGCAAUAUCUGAUCUUGCCUCCUAGUACUGAGUUGUUUAGUCAAUAUUUUAUAUGAAGUUCCUUGUUUUUGUGACUAAGUGACAAGUGACCUGUACUUUCUUAAGAUUUUACUGGUAGUUUGGUCAUUUUUGCAAUAGUAUCAUUUUUUAUGAUUGCUUAGGCAGUUCCUUUGUUUCCUUGUCACAUAAAUAGUUAAGCUUUGUCAAGUGCAGUCUGUAGCUCCAAUUAACUCCCUUACCCAGCCAGUUUUAUUAGUGGAUGUCCGUGCAGUUUUUUUAUUUCUCACUGACACUGUUUCAAUAUGACUCUUAAAUUUGAGGCAGACAUAUCAGAGUUAAGGCACAAUUCUUGCAAAGAUCUGAUAGGCAGUUAGUAUAUGCUUAAGAAGUAAAGAAGGAAAUUAUAUAAGCAACAUAAAGCUGAUGCUAGCUUGUUACAACAUGUUUUUUAACAGUGGCCAUGUCAAGAAAUAAGUUAGUUGUUUUAAAAAAGGCUAGGAGUGAAGCUUGAUUAACAUCCGAAUUAUAGGUCAUGUUUGAGUAGUGCUUUACACUUGAUGAAAUACCACAAAUGUCUUUUUGACAGGAGUAGGUUUAUCUCGAUCUUUUUCCACUUCCGUGUGUGUUGAUUUGAAGCACAGGAAUCCUGUGAAAGUUGUGGCUUUCAAAACUUUGGGAAUCCAAAUAAAAACUUGCAGUGUAACACAAUUAAUGGAAUAUAUCUUAUGCCAGUCUUAAUGUAAAUCUAGCAUCCCUUGGAAUCAGUCCUGACUUCUUGUGGUCAUGCCAAGUGUUAAACAUUCAUGUAAAUAUUCCGCAAUAAUAUUGCCUACUUUCUUUGAUUUUUUAUUUCCAUGGAUUGCAUAUUUCCAGUACAAGAAUAUAUUGUUUCUGUAACAGGGAAAGUCAAAGCUUUUUCUGCUCACUUGAUUUUAAAAUCGUCAGCGUACAUCCUGCUGGCUGCUUUUGCUCAUCGGCAAGCUAAAGACAACCAGACAGCAGUUACAUGACUGUGACUAGACAUGCACGUGUUUAGGAGUCCGACAAUCAAAAUUAUGUAUGAUGAUGUCAUUCUUGUAAGCUUAUUCAUAAUUUAUUUGGCAUUCUUAAUACAAAACAUGUAUGCAUGCAAAUAGUAGCCUUCGAAACAACUCUCUUAUUACUAUUCAAGGCAAAACAAUCCCUUCGCUAAGCUCACAGUGUCUACUCAUGAAUGAAUAAAACAGAUAUUGCACAUGCACCGACAAGGAAAAAAGGUUAAAACAAAAUGGUAACAGGGUUUUUCUCACUGGUUAAGAAUCAUUAUGAAAUCUAAAACAAAAUUAAGAAAAAUCUAGAAUAGAAUAAACUUAGUUGGUGUGUCCAUUUUAGGCAAUGUCAAAGCAAGUCAUAUUCCUAUAAUGCAAUUUAAUGACCUUUGUCUUAUAGCGGAAACGAAGAGAAUGAUGGAUGGUAUGGUGAUGAGUGAAGUUUCAAUGAAUACCUCUUUCAAAAAAUGAAACCUAUACUGUCAAUACUUUAAUAAAUUUUUGGAAUCAGUAUAAUAUUUUUUACAGUAUUGGAGGGAGAAUGGAUGUGUGUCUUUCGUUUCUGUAUUUGAUGCCUAAAAUAGAAAUUAAGUGAUACAAUCUAUCAACACAAGCUUGCAACCACUGAUCCGUGAAAAUUAUGAUUUGUGAACCAGACAAUCCAGUAUCAAUGAAAUAAAGUGUUUAUCAGUAAUGUUAGUACUGAUAAUCUAGUCGCCUGGUGCAACUUAAAGUGAGUCAUUAUUCUCACAGAACAUGUAUCUUUAGGGUUCAAGUAUGGCUAAAAGAACAUCGUCAGUGAAUAUUUUCAAAGUUUUGUAAACAAUGAUUAAACAGUAAUGACUAAGCAGUAAUUUUUGAUGAAUUUUGCAAAUUAUCCUCUUUGAAAUCACGAAAAGCGCCCUAUCUUAAAUUGCAGUAACACUUGUCUCUUCUCUCUAUAUAUUUGCGGCCAGUGUUAUUUCAGAUAAUCUGCAUGGUAGACUAAUAAAUAUACUUUGUACUUUUGGAACAGAUGAUAUUGAAAUUGUAUAAUCGUAAGUGCUGACUGCAUGUUGCCUUACGUAUUGCUGAUUUAGGGCAUCACUCUCCAUUAAGAAAGUUAUACAUGUAUAGUUCAGUUUAUCAUUCUUGUACACCAAAAAUACAUGGCCACAAUAACUUUUAAUCCUGUGUCAAGUCCCCUAGUACAAGUGAGUGCAACCAGUAUUAAUAUGCUGCUUUAUUUGUCAUAAUAACAUUUUUAAUUUUAUUUUUUUAUACAGCUGCCACUCUUUCAGUGAAAACAACAUCACCAAAUUGUGACAAGUGUGCAUUAUCUGUUUUGAAAGAAAGUCCUCCUCAACCAACAUCUACAUAUGAUCAACCAAAAUAUUUAGAAGCGGGACCCAGUAACACUCUACCGGGACCCAGCAAUAUUCCUUGUUCUGCUGAUCCCUGUCCAAUCAUUGUGCGUAAUUUACUCUGGCAUGCUGUCUUUAGACAUCAGGGUGCUGAUGCUGAGAGCUUUUGUCGCAGGGCCAUUGAGUCCCUGGUGAAAAAGUUAAAGAAAAAAUUUUAUGAGCUGGACUCUUUGAUAGUAGCUAUUACUUCCAAAGGACGGCAGCCAUCAAAAUGUGUCACUGUUCAAAGGACAAUGGAUGGGAGGUUACAAGUUGGGGACAAGAAGGACUUCCCACAUGUUAUAUAUGCACGGCUGUGGAGAUGGCCAGAUGUACAUAAAAUGGAAAUGCGACAUAAAGAAUUUUGUCAGAAUGGUUAUGACACAAAACAUGAAAAAGUCUGUGUUAAUCCUUACCAUUAUGAGAGAGUUCAACCACCAGGUAUGAUGAAACUAAGCAUUGUGUUUAUAACUUUGUAAACUACUGGUUAGUGAGGAAUCUGGUUGCUUAUUUGUCUCAUUAACUGUUGUAGUGGGCAGGGAAUUGAGAGCUGCAGGGGUCACGCUCAAAGUUGCAGAGGGAAUCCCUGUUCCCUUGCCCCCCUGCCCACUCUUUAUUGUCAACCCUGGAUUUUACCCAGUUAAAAGAACUAGCACAUAAUAAUGAAAGUAUGGUACUUAAGUGUAAAAGCUGUUUUUUUAUUUGAAACAUGUGAAUAUUUCAGAUUGGUUUAGAGCUUCAUUGUAUGGUAGUGCACACAAGUCACAUAGCAUUUCAGGUUUGUUUAUUUUUUGGUUUUUUAACUUUAUAGACAAGCUAGUCCAUACAGCACUUUGGAUAUGAUAAAUAACAGCUCUGUAUUCAAACAUACUAUCCUGUAAUGAGCAGUGAUUGCAUUGGAACAAAACGUGAGGUGCAAAAUUAGAUGACAAAUUUUCCAGACACACUUGUAAUCUCAAAGUUACUUGUUGUAAAGCUGUACUUAAAAAGUCUGUUCUUUUGAGGGGAAAUAUUACAGCCAGCCAUGCAGCUGGUUUUAAUUACUGGUACAAUAAUAUUUAAACUUUUUUCCUUCACAGAAGGUGAUAAUAACCUUAAAAGUGAUGAGGUGAGUUAGUUGUUUAUGCAAAAUGUUUUUUAAAUGAAAUGAUAUGUCUGGAGAGAAGAACAUAGAAAAAAAUUCUGAGUUCCAGAUGGGAAUUAAACCCACAACCAUCCGUACACUAGUUGGAUGCUCUAACCACUGAGCUACUGAGAAGUCAGUGGUGAGAGGUCAAUGGUGGGCUGACAUAACUAACACAUCGCUCAGUCACAAUUUGCAAGUUUAAGCAAGUACAGUCACCUUAUGGACCACACCCAUUUGUGUGAAAGAAGGAAGGGUAGAGGGUAGGAUUGCUGUUAAACCUUCCUUGGAGGGGAUGGGAAGCUAACAAAACAUAGAAGUUUCCAAUUAAUGUUCGAUUCUGUGAUGAAAGGUUUGGCUGAUCAGUGCUGAGGCCUGGGUGAUGUAAUUCAACCUGCUGGGACUUCUAAAAAGUGGCUCUAAGUUGGGCGUCAUCCUCCCCUGGCCAUUGCUUAGUUAUCUGCUGAGAGUCAUUUUUUUUCUAAGUAUGUUACUGUGCACACUUUCUCACAGGACACGAAUGGCAGCUCAUUCUCAAAUGGAAGUGAAGCCACUGAGAAAAACAGUAGUUGUUACUGUACACACACCAGUUCUCCACCAUCAGGGAAGAAGACAGAAGCCCAAGAUGCAAACAUCUUAAACUCCAGGGCAAAAAGAAAGCCUGCAGAUUUUAAUCAAGACAGGUACAUUGUACUACCAAUAGUAAAACAUUGUCAUUUUGAUCAUUAAUAUUAUAAGGAGAUGGUCUAGUUUAAUUUUAUCCUUGGUGCAAAGUAUAGUUUCCUCCACGUCAAACCCAUUACCAGCAUUACCAUACGUAAAAAAAAGCUCAAUUCUCGAUAAUAACAUUUAAAGCAAGCAUAAAAUUAAACAACAGGGAAAAAAUGGGUGGGAUUUUUUUAAUGACCAAUGCCCUUCCUUAAACUGUGUCUCCUUGUUUUGCAAUGUAAUUCUUACAUGCACGGUCCAUUUUUGGGAUUUAUGACAGUUACUAUAGUUACCUUCCUGUUAAGUGACAAUAUUAUUUUUAAAUGGGUAUUUUUAAACCUCGAUUUGGUUCCCGUUGUUGACUUAUUCUAAGGAGGCAAAUUUGUUAUUUUAUGGCAACAAUAUAACCAACAUGACGGCUCUUUGAAUACAAAGGACCAAUUUUACCCAACUCAUCAUCUUAUUGUAGUGACAGUGAUGAAGAUAUUGAUAUUGAAGCAGAAUCACCCAAGAGGACUAAGGUACCCUACUCGCUCACUUUAUAUAAUAAAUAAUUUUAGUAUAUACACACUCAGUGAUCUUGGUGAUUUAAGCAAUCUGAUUGGUUCGCUAUCUCGGACUAUUCAACAAUAUUCACCUCCUAGCGAGUGGAUAAUGUGUGAGCUCGGUGUUUUUCCCGUUUUUUUUAGAGAACGAUCUUUUAAAAGUCGACAAAAUCCUAGGGCUGACUUUUUUUAAGGCAAGAAAAGACUUGGAAGGAUUCAAUAUGGCGUUUUUCAAUUUACUGUAGCAGGAGUUUUGUGCUCGAUGGAUUGUUUACAACUCCCGUGUAUUCGCGAAGAAGAAGCCGUUUCGUGAACUCAGCGUUUUCUAAGAAGAAAAUUUUGGCUCAAAAAUCGAAGUUUAUUUAUGACAAACAAAUUUAAAAGGAAAUGUUUGCAGAAAUUCUACAUUUCAAGUAAACAGGAAAAAGAAUGAUACAGGAAGACGACCUCUUACCUCGAGCAACCGAGCCGCCAUUUUUGUCAGCACUUCAUGCGAAGAACGACACAACAUGCCCUUUUGGCUAUAAACUUGGCGAGUCAACAGAAAACAACACAGCUCUACUUUUUUUCUCAGGUAAGGAAACAGUUCAAACUUUUAGCGAUUCCAUUGAAGCCAUUACGCUGUUGUUUGCGAAAUGAGUAAACUUGUGAAUUGCCAUGUUUGAAAAUUCUGCAAAGAUCUAUUUUUAAACUUACGCGUGAUUUGAUCUGUCAAUCAAAUCCUACUUUUGAAUGGUUUCCUUUCUGAUUUUGUUGAGAUCACUUCGUGUGUAUAUACUAAAACAAUUAUUCUUCUCAAUCUCGGUGAAUAGUGGCUUUGGGAAUAUUUACCUCGCCGCUUUCGCGGCUCGGUAAAUAUUUUGCCACUAUUCACCUCGAUUUCAAAGAAUAAUUGUUAAGUAUCAAUAAUAAAUUUCAUCACAUCCAGCCUACCUACCAGAAAAGAUACUGUAUUUCCUCAAAUAAUAGUCGGCAGUGAUUAAUAUUAUUGCUUUUUCAAAACAAAUUAAAAGGGGGGCGAUCAUUUCAGAUAUUGCUCAUUGGAAUUGAAGUCAUGCCCUAAAUAUUUUAUUUUUUUAUCCCAUUAAUUCAAACAAGAAUAGCAUCAUAUAUACUGAACUUGGACUUUUUAUAAUUCAAGUGUUCCAAAUUGGGUUCCUUGAUUAAUUUUCAAUGUCAAUAUCCUUGCCCUCAGCAGCUGAAUUGUCACUGAUCAGUUUUGCUGGUUAAAGGAAAGAGAAUUAGGUGGCCGGCGUGAGGGGUGGAGUAGUGGAGGGGGGCGGGGGGUGAUAAUUUGAGGGAGGCAGUUACUUUAAAUAUUUCCUUCAAAGGGGGGGACAAUUAUUGUAGGGAGGCAAUUAAUCAAGGGAUGGCUAUUAUUCGAGGAGAUACUGCAAAUUUGUGAGUUUUUUGGUUGCUUAAUUUUAUCUUUUAAGCUUUCUCCAACUGAAAGUGUAUCAAGACGACUAGUCAAAAGAGAUGAGAGAUCCAGCAAUUUUGACAGUAAAUCAGGAAGGUAAGUAACAAAGCUGCUGGAUAUUAAUCUAAUGACAGAGCCAUGUGCUCCCAGUGGGGUGUGGGGUGGAGGGAGGGGGAACUUAAGGAAAUUUCAGCAAGAGGUGCAUCAGGUGUUGCUAAGGGCCUCAAACCCUGAUCCACUUUAACUUUACUCCUGGAGAUUUUGCUGAAAAACGCGUUUUGAAGCUAGUUGAGUGAUUUUCUGGUCACUGUCAUGCUAUAAAGAGAUAAAACUUACCACAAAUCCGUUCACAGGUUGUACACUUCACAGCCUUCUGAUCCAGAUGCAAAAUAUCAGCUUGCAUAGUUCGGGCAUGCGCAGAAAGCAAAAAUUGGGUUUAAAAGUGACACAGCAGUCUUGACUUUUACUUUUCGCUUUCUCUCCUCCCUUCUUUUUUCGCUUUUCUUGCCUCAUUUUUUUUUCUCUUGCUGGGCAUUUAGUAGGCUUCAUUUUGGUGGGAAGAGUUUUUAGGAAAGCUUUUAGGAUCUUAGGAUUAGGUGAAAGGAAAGGUAGGUGGGCAAUGGAACAAGAUUUUCAUGGAGAUUUACAGGUCAAUCUUACAUGGUUUUUUGCCUUUUUCUCCGGUGUCCUUGACUGAAUUGUGCUCAUUCUGGUAUGGUUUGAAAGAUCUCUUUAUUUUGCACAAGUGAGCUGACAAAGUUGCCCUUGAUCGUUAAAACUGAUGACGUCACAAGGGGUAGAAAGGAAGUGUAUCCACACAGCGGUUAUGAGCGGUUCAGGGGCGAAUGGGUUAAGACAAAUAUUUUUCAUUUCACUACCCUGUUUAAGACAGGAGACCUUAUUUUGAGACACUGAUUCAUACAGAAUUAAGUAAUUUUUGGAACUAACAUCAUAGAAUUAGAUUUUAUUGGAAAAAAUCUGGUACCAUAAAUGUAGACUGCUCAUCUUCAACCUUCCCACUCUCUUAAAAGCUUCCGGUUGGCCAGCAAAAUAAAGACACCUUGUUCAAGUCUCUAAAUAGUGAAAUUGUACACCUUGUGUACGUACUUGUAAGAGUCAGCAAUAACCUGAAAAGUAUACCCUCUUUUUUUGGCGGCACAUACUUUUUUAGGUCUAAUAAGAUAGUGCCCUCGCUCCCAGCCAUGACCAAAAUAAUAAUAUUGCCAUCAGUUUCUUAUUGUCUAGAUUGUUAUAAAUAUCAAGUUGAGUUUAUUAUGGUCUUUGCACAAUUCCUGAUCACCAUCUGAAGAUAUCUCCAUGAAACUAACAAAAUUAAGACUAUCCCAUAAUGUGCUAAUGAGAAAUUUUAAAAUGUUUUAAAUUAUUAAGUUUUAAUGUAUUUUUAUUUCAGAGUACGCUGUGCUCUGUGCAACUGUGUGAAUAACAGUUUAUUGGGACAAGGUGAAUUUAUUUGUUUUGGAAGAAUAUCUGGGUUUCCAAAGCACUCUCCAGCCACUUCUCAGUCACACAUGCAGCAUUCAGCAUCUGCGGCUUAUUCAAAUCUACAUAACCACGCUGUUGGUGGAGGUUCACUUGCUUCCUAUGGAAGAAGAAGUUCCCCUGAGUAUGACUAUGAAGAGCAUGGGUCUUACUGGAGAUACAGGACUGAUGCCACUAAUUCGACACUUCAUCAUCAAAGUCAUGGUGACAUUCCCGUCAGGUAAUUCACUGUUUGAGGCUAAAUACAUGAAUGGUGAUUACAGUAUGUUCAACCAGUCUUUUUCUGUGGUAUUAGUUUACCAAUUAAGGGGUGACAUUCUCAAAAUCGUGGAAGCAUUGUAAAGGUCUGUUGUGUUCCCAUCUCACACUGUGGAACUUUUGGCUGUGAUAUCUCAGAUUUAAAAACACUGGUAAUUGAGUCUUGAUGACUGGUGGAUUCUACCAUAACCACUCCUCAUUUGAAAUGUGAGAAGGGCCAAAGGUGUUAACAAUAUCAGUGCAUUUUUUCCGGUCUCAAUGGGCAUUUUGUGUUUAUUUGUUAUUACAUGUUAAGUUAAAUUUUCAUUUACUGUAAUUUUUCUGCUUCAACUUUAGAACAAGAAGCCCAGAUGGAAAAUCACAUUUAGUAAAUAGUUCAAGUAGUGGCAGACUCUCACCAUUUCCUCAAGAAGAUCUUUCCAGUGUUGGAUUUGUAGAAGAACCUGACCUAGUUGAUCUGUGUGACAUGUCAGGUCACAUAUGGGUGCAUGAGAGAUGUGCAGCAUGGACUUUGGCCUCCAUAGCAACCAAAUCUUCAGCUGAUUACACAGUGGAUUUAACAAACCAGAUUCUCUCAAAGGUAAAUUCUUCUACCUUGUUGUUUGUGAUGUCUGUUAGUUUAUUGCAACUGCUUUUGAGAAACGGAGUGUAAAUAAACCAACUACUCAACAAACAAGCCACGUGAAUAAUUUCCUAAAAACUAAAAGCCAUGCGAGAGAGAAGCGUUUGCUUGCAGGCUAUUCUUUGGUGGAAUUUCCAUACAUCAAGGUUACACUUAACUGUUAACUCAUUUGGACUUUGCAUGCUUAUUGUCAGUCAAGAUGUACUAGUGGUUUAUAAUUAGUUCACCUUCAGCACUAUAUCACAAAGCAAAUUAGUGACUGAAACUAAUCUAACUCAAACAUAACUGCUGGGUUCAAGAAUGCCAACUGGUCAAAGCUGAACUAGUUGGAGACUACCGCAAAACAAAUUCAGCUAGCAGUCAGGUGGGACCCAAGGCUCGCCAUUACAGCUCCCUAGCUCUGACUGUUCAGCCAGGCUGUCUCCCAAAAAGUAUUCAAUGAAUAAAAUAAUAAAUAAAAUAAAGGCCUUGAGUGGCUUUGGACUGUUUCCUUGUUUAUAUCUGUUGCACUGUAAUGAGUUGUGUACUUCAAAGUAUUUUUAAUAAUAAUUUCAAUUUUUUAGUAUUUAUUUAUUUAUACAUUUACUUAUUUGGGCAGAAAUGUUGUUUUUGUGGUCGCUUUGGUGCAAGUAUUGUCUGUGAAAUGCCAGAUUGUGGUAGAAUAUACCACUACCCCUGUGCAAUGGCUGCAAGAACCUAUCAGGUGAGAGCUGAGAACAUAUCAUUAACAAUAUUAUUUGACAAGGUUGAGCAGAAAUAUCGUAAUUUGUCAGUGGCAAGUGAGAUACUGAUAAAUCUUGAUAAGUUGCAUUAACCAAGUUCAAUAAUUGUUUUAUCAUUCCAUCACCGAGUUUAUUUUUGGAUGAAUAUCUUUGCGAAGCGUAGCGAUUUGGCCAUUUUUACGCAAUAGCAAUUGCAAGAAGGAGAAAAGCGGGGUUUCAUUUGCACAUGAGCAGAAUAUUAUUUGCUGCCAAACACAGUUGGAUGACAUUAAGCAUGAGUAGACCAUUAUUUGUAGGUAGUUUUUUACCGGUCACAUGGUGGGCUCUUGGUCAGUGAAAAGGAAAAAAAAGUUUGCAUUGAAUUAUAAGUAUUAUGUGGUAACCAUGUCAACAUUCUUGGACACAUGUCAUUUCUAAUGCCAAUACACUUUUUAUACAGAGUGAAUCUUGCUGUUUCCCACAGUGGUGACCAGUAUAUAUAGAUGUCCUGGAAAAAUAUUAAUUUUCAUGUUUUUUAUACAUAAGGUGAUUAAUAUUAUUUCAAUCCCAAAUUAUCCUGGACUCUCCACAAGGUAGAAAUAUCAAACAUCAUUGGGAAUUAUAAAGUACAUAAAUGUGUCAUAUCUUUUUUACAGGACAUAAAAACAUUGAAACUUUACUGUUCAAGUCAUGAGGACAUCAUACAAAGAGUAGGUACGUAUCUGGUUCUAACAAUGGUAGUAAUAAAGCUGAUUCAAACAACAGACAAAAAUAAAAUCAACUAUGCAAAUAAAACAGUAUUAAAUAUUAUACCGUUAAUUUGUAAUAUGCCUCUGAAAAUGAUUGCAGCCACUUUAAAGAUCUUAAAUAUGAUGAGAAAAAUAAAAGAAAAUUAAAGAAAAAUAAUUAUUAUUUUCCGUAAGAUUUGUCUUCAUUUAGAAAAAGUGGUUUAAUAAGGCGAGAGAUUUAAUGUAAUGUUUUGAUUUGCAGCAUUUUGUGACAGAUGUCAUCAGGGAGGGGAGCUGUCACAGUUGCUCCUCUGCAGCCGAUGUAACUGUCAUUAUCACAGCUACUGCUGUUCACCCCCUGUGCGUGCUACUGAAACUGUUAGAGUUGGCUGGCAAUGUGCUCAGUGUAAAUCCUGCCAGUCUUGUAGGUAAGAUCUUCAACUUUGUCAUUAAACAAGCAGCCAUUAGUAGAUAUCAGUAGAUGUUGAUUGUGUUGACAUUCAAGUGCACGUAAUUCAUUAGUUGAGGUUCCUCUUUCCUAAUUUUUUUUUCACUUAUUUCUAACCCGAGGUAUUUCUUCAAAAGUUGUGCAGGUAAUGCAUUAGCUAUGUACAACAUACCUGAUUAAAGGAUUAUAAUGUCAAGUAAUGGUCCAGAUAAGAAGGUUUAAGAACCAAAUGCAAUGAGCACGUCAAAGUGUAAAAAGGUGCUAACAUUACUAUUGUAAUGAACUUCUGAUUGGUUCAAACAUCAAAUUUUAAUAAAUUUUCACAAAGCAACAUGUAUAUUAAUCCCUUGUUUUCUAAACAGCUUCCUUGUAACAAAAUUUUGUGAGUCUGCUGCCUCCUGCAGCGAUCCUGUUACAAAUAGUUAUGGUGAGUCCUGGGACUCAUCUUGUGAAAAGUUAUGAGUCCCAGUCCAGAACCAAUGAGUCCAAGUUAAAAAAACGAGUCCGAAAUUGAAAAUGCUUGGGCCUUUAUGUAACCAAACAGUCUGAAGACAGACUCCAAAACUCUGUAUUACAGUAUACUGAAAUUAAAAUAUAGUCCUUCUCUUCUAAAGUACAACAAAGGCUAAAAGAAAUGUGCAUCAUUAAACAACAGCCAUUAUACUGCCUCAGAAAUUACAUGAACGGGCUAUUUCUACAAAUACACAUGUUCAGAUCAAUCGAUCCCUCUUUGCAUCCUACGGGAUGCAUGCCAUGAAUUAUUUUGCGUCUUUGUAGAUUUUUAUGUGUCAGGGACACAGGACACAGAGAUUACAAAAACACUGCUCUUGGAGUCUCAAUUUUUUUUAGUCUCAGUCUCGAAUCUUGGACUCACAGUCUCACAAAGACUCGAAUUUACCAUUCUAUACCCCUCAAAGAAAUUGCUUCCCAUCUUACCCCGAUCACUAAUAAUGGUGAUGAUGAUGAUGAUGAUAAAAAUAAAUUACAACGACAACAAUAAUGAUAAUGAUGAUUAUGAUGAUCAUGUUAAUAAUGAUGAUGAUAAUAACAGUGAAGAUGAUGAUGAUGAUGACGACAAUUCUCAUGUUAAUAACAUUAUUGAGGCUUUGUUAUUUUAUUGAACACAAACUCGUGGAAUUUAAAAUCAUGGCUGUUCUACAUUUCACAGACUUCCUUCCCCAAAGGAUAAGCUGCUAAUAUGUCGCAGCUGUGACAAAGGUUACCAUCCAUUGUGUACAGCACCGGUGGUGAACCCUACAGAAAAAUUGGGCUGGAAGUGUGAGGUUAGUUGUUAGCUUUGUUUGAAGCAGAAAUUAUUUACAAGCCAAUGCAACCUGUCAGGAGCCAUGCUAUUUGUCUUGACCAGAAUGUCAUUUCCUUCAUUUUAGUCAGAUUGUCCCUGUCUCCUUCAGUUAUUUAUUUAGGCUUAUUGGCCUUUCGGAAAAGCCUCUCUAACUGAGAAAGGCACUUAACUGCCGGUCAAAGCUGUGUCAUACUUGGAUUGUGUCAACUAAAAGAGACAUGUCUUCAUCCUCAGGUUUCUGACUUCGUGCCUGUCUCAAAUGUCUAUUAAUAUAAUAUCCAGUAACGUGACUGUUUGUGAGGAACCAUACUUUUUCCUGCUAAACUUGAUACACAUUUUUCAACUAUCUUCCAAACAGAGAUGUCGGCAAUGCAGGAUUUGCAGAACUAAGAAGACAUCACGGUGGCACAUUGACUAUACAUUGUGUGACAAGUGCUACCAAAACAAACACAAGACAAAUCACUGUCCAAUUUGCAACACUGAGCAGGGUAACCACAGAGUGGUGCAGUGUGAUUCAUGCAGCAGGUGACUACAUCAGUACCUUUUUUGUGACAAAACUUUUACAUUUUGGAGAAGAUAGAAACCUUUCAUUAUAUGACAAUCCUUCAAUGAAUCAACUUUUUGAUAGGUGGAUUCAUACGAUGUGUGACAACAUAACUGAUGAGAUUUACAGGAAACUUGAGAGAGAUCGCAGCAUUAUUUAUGUGUGCAAAAUAUGCAGAGAUGAAGUUGAGAAGAUUAAAAGGGAAUGCAGAAGAGAGGUAAGGGGUCACGUUAUGAUAGCAGUGGGGGGAAGGGGAGUGGGUGAGUCAAGCCCAUUGGCCUAUGAAACUUACAUCUUAAUGAAUACAAUCAAUACAAAGAAAACUCCUAGUGCAAAAUACUUUCAAGAAAAAACUGUUUGGAAAAGAUGAGUCUUAAUUUUGCUAUAUAGUGACUGAAUAUAUCACAAUUUAUCAGGCAAAUUAUUCCAUAAACAGGAUGGCAGCUAGUAACAGUGUUAUUUCUUGAACAAGGUUUAUUUUUGCAUUACUCUUGCAGUGUUUGAAUUCAGCCUGAUCUGCCUUAAGUCCUUUUCUAACAGUGUUAUUUUCCUGUGCAGAUCAAAGCAGACCCUGUAGAGCUGGAAGAGUUAUCUCCAGUUACUUCCAUGAUAUUAGCUCAGGAAAUGUACAAAGGAGAGAACACAAAAUACAACUCUGAUGUUACAACCAGCAUGGCCACAACGCCAUGUUCAAUGACAUGGAUGACCUCUGAGCCUGUACAGUGGUCCAGAUUAAGGAUGACCUACUCUUUUGAAUAUUUUAUCAUGAAGCAGUAUGGAAAAGUGCUACUUUAAGAGUGAUACUUUGUGUAUUGGUAAUCUUGUAAAGUAGUCUUUAUUUGAUUCCAAAGCCCUUGAUCUGAUUGAGCGAUUUAAAAAUUGUUUUUUGGACUGUAUAGGUAUAAAUUGUUAUACAAUCUAAGGAACCUCAAUCCGUUUUAUCUGCCAAAUGUCACAACUUGAAUAGUUAUGACGUCUGGUGGGAGUUUGAAUUUGUUUCGUGGAGAAUCUCACCCUUAAUUGUAAUGCAUACCAUAGUUUAUUCAGUGUAUCAGAACUUUCUUUUAGUGGACAUGGAAAGAAGCGUGAUAUGAAUUACAUCUGACAUGCUAGCCAAGAAAGAAAGUGGUUUCAAUACUUUUAGGUUAUGAGGUAUUUGUUCUGAUGCCUCAUACCAAGGUACCACUAUUGCUCUAUGUGUGCUACAUCAUAAGCAGUGAAAAUUUUCCAAGAUGCUAGAUGAAACAUGGAAGGGCUACAGUAGAUUGUAUAGUACCUAGCAGCUAAUGGCAUGUUGUUCACUACCUCUUUGCUUUCUCAGGGCACAAUUUUGCCAAAAAUUUUAUAAUUUGAAAAUAUCAUUAACUCACUGGAAACUGCUGGUCAUUUUCUUUAAGUCACUGGAAAAAAAUUGCCCUUGGAAGGUAUUCGUAUUACUCAUAACAUUGUGUUUUGGUUUGUGCUCUUGUCAAACGUUUUUAUUAAGUAUCUGGGUAUGCAGCAGUGCAAGGUUGUACUUAAUGCCCCUAAUUUUCCAUGUUCACUUUUUCUUUUAACUGCUUACUAUAAUGUGUGUUUUUUGGGCGCUUAUUGUGUGACAUAAUCAUGGCCUUUUUUAUCAUUUUUUAAAUUGUUUUACUUUAAGAAUUUGUUACAACUGUAACUCUAUGACUGCCACAACUACACUUACUAUUGAUGAUUUUCAGAUUGAAAUGUUGUGGUAACAAUUUUUAACCUAAAGAACAUUUAUAUUGAUGCUUCAAACUUGUAUGUUGUAUAUAGUAAAUUAUUGACAUGUCAGUAUUUAAAUUAGGCACAUGUAACACAAUACCCCUUGACCUUUGUGUUGUUAAUUACUUUAACAUCAACUGUUCUGCUAGAACACACACAUUGCCAUAGAGCAAGUCAGGAAAAAUACAUAUAUACCUCAAACAUUUAAAGAACUGAAUUGAUAUAAUUUAUAAUAUUGUUAUAUAAUUUCCCAAUGCUAAUGCCAAAUCCUCCCAAAUUUGCAGAAAAUUGGAUAUUUAUUAAUUAUUGUCUGUCAGUGAAAUAUUUGGAAUUGUCUGAUUAAUAAACAUUGCAGACAUCUUUUUUAAUAAUGGUGCACAUUUUUUCUUUCAAAAAAAUGAAAAUACAGUUUUUGAAUAAUACAUCUCAUCUGAAGUUAUGACAAGCACAGUUGUUUGGCUGAAUAUCUACUGUCUACUGAAUGAAUAUGAACCUUUUAAAUAUUAUGUGGAAGUUAGCAGUAGAAAUAUUAUAUAUUAUGUAUAUCAUGCCAAGUUUUAGCUGUAAUAAUCAUAAGACAUAGUUGUUAGGUGCUGGUUUAAUAUCCUUGCUAUGGUGCUCUUGGUUAAAGACAGAAAAUUACCAGUCAGUUGCAUUUUUUUGUCCUUGUUUUCAGUAAAAAAAAAAACAGUAACAUUGCGCUUGUCACAUCUGACCUGUUAGAGUCAUGAACUGAAAUUUGUUUCUCAAAAUAAUGUCUUAUUUGUUACUGAAAUGUUAAUUUCAUAAUAGGAGUAAUUCUGGUAAUCAAAAAAAUUUUUGCCAUUAUUUAGGGCUGGAACCCAGUAUUGAUCUUUCUAAUAUUAUAACAACUGGGUCUUAUUAAUAAUUAAUGUACAAGACUAAAAUCAAGUUACUCUCUAGAGGAAGAUAAUUAGGCCCAAACAACAUCUAGUAUCCUCUACAUAAAACGCUGUCUGUGACAAAAGUCUACUUUUAGGCUAUUUUACUUCUGUUAAAUCAUAUUUUAUUUUAUUCUUUUAAUGUGAAAAAAGAAUGAUAUUUUAUUGAUGUUUUGUACACUGAUUUCAUUUUACAGUGAGUUAGACGAUGAAAUUUUCUGCAAUUGUUUCUAUUAGAUCUGGAACUGGGUUCAUGAAGACCUUCUCAGUUAGGAUACAUCAUACAUUUUGUCUUAUAAACAAUACAUAAGAUAUAUCUUAACUUAUCAAGCUUUCAAGAAUCCGGUUGCUGUUCCAGUAAAAAGGUACAAGUUGUUGGCUUGUUAGCUUGAACAGUCCAAUCUCCUGAAGGCCAACAACACUCAUUUGUAUGUCACAGGGACCAUUUUGAAUGAUAAGAUGUUUCCAUUAGUUGAGGUUAAAGCUGUAUUUUAGACACUGUAUAUCAAGAGAACAUGCUGGCUCUGGUAAGUCAGUUUAUUUCUGGAAUCUUAGAAUUGUCUGGAAAACAAAGCUCAUAAAAUUUAAUGACACAUGGACUACAAGCUUCAUUCACAAAUUAUAGUUAUUAUAACUUCUUAAUGAAAUCCAACUAGUAUUUAAGACUUCUUAUACUGAUAAUGUUCUCUGGCUGGUUGAUCUCUACCUUAAGCUUUCAGUUCAAAACGUUGAAACAAAAAUGUUUCAGUGAAUUUAAUAUUGACAGCUCUGGGCCUGCCUCCUCUUCAGGCGCUUUGUUCUUCACCCAGAAGAGAGCGCGAAAUGUGAGUGACAGGCGAGUGACUAGUGAUGAAGUGUAAGGAAUAGUUGGAAGGAGAAAAAUGAGAGGUGCAGACAUCUCCCCCAUUUCGUUCAUCCUGCCAUCCUUUGCACCCAUACGAGGCAGCCUCUGGGCAGUAACAAGUUUAAGACAUUUCAUGAGGUGUUUUUAGUUUUUUACAGAAGUACAAUUUCGUGCGAUUUACAGUCAAGGUAGGCCCUGUUUUGCCUCACAGUUAAAGAAAAACAGUUUAUGCAAAUAGUAUUCAAGCAAUUGUAGUGUUGCAACCAGUCAGAUUUCAUUAGUGAAAUUUGAUUGGUAACAUUGUCAGAUCACUCCAGUCUGAGGUGUUAAUGAAUCUUUUUGUCAUUUAUUUAAUACUAUUAAUUGUAUCAAAUCUACCUUGCAAUAUUAAAAACCCUACAUAAACUGGAUCUUUAUAACACAACCUACAACUUUAUAUUUAUAUCUGAAAUUUUCAAACGUACUAGAAACCUAUUAAAACUAUCUGAUCAACUUGAAAACAGAAGAUAAUUAUUUUUAUGAAACUGAUGCAGGACCUUUAUACUUAAUAUUUUAAAAAACUGAUAAUGCAUUUGAUGACCUGUUUAAUAUUGAUGUAAUAUAUAUUGAAAUACUUAAUAUUAAGUGUAUGUGUUACUGCAGUGAGUACUGCUUCUUAAAUAAUGGUUUUCACAUAAAUAACUUUCGUACCUGCUUACUUUUUUGUCUGGGUGAUAAUUAAUCAGGGCUUGAAAAAAAAUCCCAUCCAGUCGUCCAAGAGAACUAUAUUUCCUUGCCAGGCAAGUAGGUUACAUGCUCACUUACCCACUGGCCAAGGGCAAGCAAGCCAUCUUCUAACUCACAAUGAUGAACACACAUUAAUCACCUUGGGCAAGCAAAAUGAGAGAACAGAUUGUCCUAAUGACAAGCUCGAAUACAAGGUUUUUUUUUUCAAGCCCUGAUACUGGUCCUUUUCAAGUACAGCCAACCCAAGCAGUAUUAUUUUGUGAUUUUCCAUGGGAGCAGCUCUUGGGAUUCUGUGGUAUAAAAUAUACCCUGCAAGUUCGUAUCUACCUGGUAAAGUGGGUUCCAUCUGUAAAGGAGCUCCAUAAAUAGCUACUGCCUACUGAUAUUUUGUAAUGUAUCAUAACAUCAUUAUUUCAGUUGGAGUGAAAUAAACCACCAUAAGUACAUAGUGGCAAAGUAUUUAAAGAAGCCAUUUGUCAUUUUAUUGUUAGUAGCAUGUAGUGUGUGAUAUUUAGUACUUUAAGUGUAAUAAAGCUAAAGAAUCAGUCACAUUAUAAGUGAUGAGCUUAAAUAAAUUCCAUUUUUAAGUAUCAAUGGAAAAAGUAAAUUUUAAAUUUUGCAUUAAUAAAUAAGUAUUAACAAAUUUUGAAAAACUGCUGAAAGUUUUAUUUGUCUUAAAGUGCAAUUACGCUAUUUAAGAUGCAGGACAAAAAUACAACUCAAGAUACAAAAAAAACAAAGCAACUUGUUUAUUCAUCACAGCUUAUUGUUAACACAU